AUGACUUCUUUACUUGCUGGGAUUGUCGAGAAAAAUUUGUCCUUAAAUGAUUUACACAUAGAUUCGGUGCCGCGCUGCAUUGGGCGCUAUGAUAUGGAGUUAGGUGAUAUAACUCCCCACAAUGUUGAACAGUUAAGACGGUUGAAUCAAGCAGUUUUUCCUGUUUCGUAUAAUGACAAGUUCUAUAAGGAUAUAGUAUCUGCUGGUGAGCUUGCGAAACUUGCCUAUUUUAACGAUAUUGUCGUCGGCGCUAUCAACAAUGAUAUUGCUGUAAAGUUUUAUACUCAUCAUGGAUUUCAAAUAGUUGGAGUUGCUGAAAAAUAUUAUAAAAGAAUUGAACCCGAUAGUGCUUAUAUUCUGACUAAGAAAGUUACUCGUUGA